UCAAAAUCCAAUCUUUUGAUAAAAAAAGUUAGGAAAAAACUAAGGGUGUGUUCAUAAUUGGCAUGAUAUGUUAUGACUUAAGCAAUGAGUGAUUAUUAUUUUGCCUUCACAUAAUAGUUACAGGAAAAUAAUGGACAGUGGCCCGCUUCGUGUAACUCCAUUGCAAAACAUGACGUCAGCUUUUGUUGGGGCUACUGUAACUUCUUUGGUAAUGACUCCAUUAGAUGUGGUAAAGACCAGACUUCAAAUGCAGCAAGGAAAUGUAAACAAAUUCUACUUUUAUUGUAACGGAUUAACCGAUCACUUGUGCCCAACCUUACCAAAGGAGGAUGUGUGGUAUCGCAAGCCAAGCAAGUUUAAUGGAACCUUAGAUGGAAUGUUGAAGAUAAUUCGACAGGAAGGAAUGUUUUCACUAUGGUCAGGCCUCAGCCCCACGCUAGUGUUAGCUUUGCCAACUACCGUUCUCUACAUGGCUUUAUUUGAAGAAAUCAAAUUUCAGCUGAUGGAUCACUACAGUCGUGAUCGUAAACAACCUCUUUGGAUACCAUUCUUGUCUGCUUCUACUGCUAGAUUUUUUACAACGGUUGUUGCUGGGCCGUUAGAACUGAUCAGAACAAAAAUGCAAGCUAAACGCAUGAGUUAUUUAGAAAUACACAGAGCAACUCUAAGUCUUGUGCGUUUUAAGGGACUUGGAGGUCUUUGGAAGGGAGUUAGUGCCACUUUGGUAAGGGAUAUUUCUUUUUCGGGUAUAUAUUGGGUUGUCUAUGAAUCCUUGAAACAAAUUUUAGACAACGAAACAAAACCAACAUUCACAAAAAGUUUUUUAGCUGGAUCCACUGCCGGAGUGAUUUCAGCCGUAGUUACAACACCUUUUGAUGUCGUCAAAACACAUGUGCAGCUUAUAGCUGCUGAAGAAAUACUUACCGAGGCACCAACCAAACAUAAAAUUAGAGUGUUUUCUACAAUCUGUAAAAUUUGCACACAAAAUGGAUUAAGGGGUCUUUUUGUUGGUGUAGUACCUAGGACAAUCAGAGUUGCCCCUUCGUGCGCGAUAUUGAUAGCUACAUUUGAAUGUGGAAAAAGAUUUUUUCAAGAUUAUAAUAAAAAGAUUGAAUUAGGAAACUAAUGUUUACUCAAUGUCAAUAAAGUUGUUCUGAAUAAA